AUGGCGCCCCGUACAAGAGGGGAACUCGCCUCGCUAGCAAUUAUACAUCCAGUCCUGGCUGCCAUACUAGAAAAGGGCCCGGCGAUCAGGCUGCCCAAGCCAUCCGACCCGUACUACGGCCGGACAGAUCAUACUGCCCUCCGGGAGCACAGGGCGGCUAUCUUAAAAGAAAAAUGGGCUCUCCGCUACCUGCCUGGACCUGUCGCUGAAGUCAUCGAGGAGGAUCGGAAGAUUCCUGUCCGCGACGGUUCAGAGAUCAUAAUCAGGGUCUACAAGCCCGUGACAAAGAAGGAGGGCGGGAGUCCUUUGAUCGUCAUGUUCCACGAAGGGGGAUGGGGCAUGGGGGACUUGAGCGAUGAGGAGGUGAACUGUCGAUUGUUCUCUCGGGACCAGGGAGCCGUGUGUGUCAACGUGGAAUAUAGGCUCGCCCCAGAGCACCCUUUCCCAACCUGGAUCAACGACUCUUGGGAUGCACUUCAAUGGUGCGCUCAGCACGCCUCAGAGCUCGGUGCCGACCCUUCACGGGGAUUUGUAGUCGGGGGAGGAUCGGCCGGUGGGAACAUCACAGCGGUGCUCACACACAUCGCGCGUGAUGAAAAACUAUCGCCUCCUUUAACGGGCCAGUAUCUGGGCGUCCCUGCUAUUAUGUGUUUCCUGCCACCUUCUCAUAUUCCCACUCAGUAUCGAUCCGAAUAUCUUUCGCAUCCUUUUGUGACCCCGGUUAAUGAUCCCAUCCUUAAAGUGGAUUUAGGGCCCUUGAGCCCUCUUAUCACCCCAGUCGCCAGACUUGUACUCGGCCUGCUGCCCCUCGACCAUCUGGCGAGGAUUUUCAGUAUAGCAGGCAUGAACGGCAAUAUGUCUAGUCCGUUGUUCGUGCCCUUUCACUAUGGGGAAACGGAACGAGGGCACAAGGAUCUGCCGCCAGCAUACUUUCAAGUAUGCGGGCUAGACCCUCUACGUGAUGAAGGAUUGAUAUAUGAACGAGUACUAAGGGAGGAAGCUGGGGUGAAAACGAAAAUUGAUGUCUAUGAGGGGCUGGGCCAUUACUUCUGGACGAAUUUUCCCGAAAUGGAAAUGAGCAAGACAUUUGUCGAGGAUACGGUCAAAGGUAUGGGGUGGCUACUCGAACAGACGUAA